AAUGUUUUCUAAAUCACUUCAUGUUACCAUAAAAGCUUAAAAAAAAAGGGGCACAAUUUUGUUAAAAGGAAAAAAAGAAUAAAUCGGAUUCCAUGACUUGAAAAAUAAUAGUAGUACAGAAGAAACAUGUCGUGGGGUAGAAGAUGAACUAAGUGCUGUACUCUCUUUGUAUGCCAUUCUCAAUUCCAUUCAAGACCCACUUCCCAUCCUCAUCCCUAACCUCCGCAUCUUUCCACCCUUCACUUCUUUGCAAAAUGAUCUCCGCCACCACUCUUUCUCCACCACCCACUCACCUCCCUUCUCUCCCACAAACCCCACCCCUUUCUCUCAUCAAAACCUGCAAAUCCAUGGCCCAACUCAAGCAAAUUCACUCCCAAACAAUCCGCACUGGCCUCAUAUCCAACCCCAUUGUGCCUGCUCAGAUAAUUGCCUUCUGUUGCAAGCAUGAGCUGGGUGAUAUGGAAUACGCCCGUAUGGUGUUCGACACAAUGCCUGAACCAAAUCACUUUGUUUGGAACAAUAUGAUUAAGGGGUAUUCUCGUGUGGGUUGCCCCAAUUCUGCGGUUUCAAUGUAUUGUGAGAUGCUAGAGAGGGGUGUCAUGCCGGAUGAAUACACGUAUCCGUUUUUGCUCAAACGGUUUACGCGGGAUAUGGCGGUGAAGUGUGGAAAGGAGUUGCAUGAUCAUAUAGUGAAGUUAGGGUUUAGUUCCAAUGUGUUUGUACAAAAUGCUUUGAUUCAUUUGUACUCAUUGAGUGGAGAAGUGAGUGUUGCUCGUGGGGUUUUUGAUAGGAGUUCAAAGGGUGAUGUUGUCACUUGGAAUGUGAUGAUUUCAGGGUAUAACAGAAGUAAGCAAUUUGAUGAGUCAAUGAAGCUCUUUGAUGAGAUGGAGAGGAUGAGAGUGUUACCCAGUUCAAUUACACUUGUUUCAGUGUUGUCAGCAUGCUCCAAGUUGAAGGAUUUGAAUGUAGGGAAGCGGGUUCAUCAGUAUGUCAAAGAUCUGAAGAUUGAGCCUGUCCGUGUAUUGGAAAAUGCUUUGAUUGAUAUGUAUGCAGCUUGUGGUGAUAUGGAUACUGCUCUUGGGAUAUUUGAUAAUAUGAAGAGUAGGGACGUGAUUUCAUGGACUGCUAUUGUUACCGGGUUCACAAAUUUGGGACAAGUUGAUCUAGCUAGGAAUUAUUUUGAUAAAAUGCCUGAACGGGACUUCGUCUCAUGGACAGCAAUGAUUGAUGGGUACCUUCAGGUGAACCGGUUUAAAGAGGUUUUAACACUUUUUCGUGAGAUGCAGGCUGCUAAUAUAAAGCCGGAUGAGUUCACCAUGGUCAGCAUCCUUACAGCUUGUGCACAUCUGGGAGCGCUUGAAUUAGGAGAAUGGAUAAAAGCCUACAUUGACAAGAACGAGAUCAAGAUCGAUUCCUUUGUGGGAAAUGCUUUGAUAGACAUGUAUUUCAAUUGUGGAAACGUAGAAAAAGCAAUAAGAAUUUUCAAUGCAAUGCCUCACAGGGACAAGAUUUCAUGGACGGCUGUGAUUUUUGGUCUUGCCAUAAAUGGAUAUGGAGAAGAAGCUCUUGAUAUGUUCUCUCAGAUGCUGAAAGCUUCAAUCACACCAGAUGAGGUGACGUACAUUGGCGUUCUUUGUGCUUGUACCCACAGUGGAAUGGUAGAUAAGGGGAAAAAGUUCUUUGCUCGAAUGACCACGCAACAUGGGAUUGAACCCAAUGUAGCACAUUAUGGGUGCAUGGUUGACCUUCUUGGCCGAGCCGGGCAUCUAAAAGAAGCUCAUGAGGUGAUCAAGAAUAUGCCAGUAAAACCUAAUUCAAUCGUCUGGGGAUCACUUCUUGGUGCUUGUAGGGUUCAUAGAGACGAAGAGAUGGCUGAAAUGGCAGCUCAACAGAUUCUUGAGUUAGAGCCCGAAAAUGGGGCUGUCUAUGUUCUGUUAUGCAAUAUAUAUGCAGCCUGCAACAGAUGGGAAAAGUUGCAUGAAGUAAGAAAAUUAAUGAUGGAUAGAGGAAUCAAGAAAACCCCUGGUUGCAGUUUGAUAGAGAUGAACGGUUCUGUUCAUGAAUUUGUGGCUGGGGACCAGGUUCAUCCUCAAUCGAAAGAAAUCUACUCGAAGUUAGAUGAAAUGUCAGUAGACUUGAAAUUUGCAGGUUACUCGCCGGAUACUUCAGAGGUGUUCCUUGAUAUAGGGGAAGAGGAGAAAGAGAGUGCCGUUUACCGGCACAGUGAGAAGUUGGCUAUUGCCUUUGGGUUGAUCAGUUCAGGACCUGGGGUCACUAUUAGAAUUGUGAAGAACCUUAGAAUGUGUGUGGAUUGUCAUUAUGUAGCAAAGUUGGUAUCGAAGGUGUACAAUAGAGAAGUAAUUGUUAGGGAUCGAACCAGAUUCCACCAUUUUAGGCAUGGCUCAUGUUCCUGCAAAGAUUAUUGGUAAGAUUUCUAAUAAAACAUAUUUCGAGUUUGGUAAUC